CCAGCCAACUGGGGCCCCAAAUACAAAUCUGUUAUGUGAUGGGGAAGAUUUAGACAAACCUCAGCAGGCUUUGCUCAUAAGAUAUGGAAGGAUGAUGUCAACAGAAAGUGCCAACAGCUUCACCCUGAUUGGGGAGGCCUCUGAUGGAGGCACCAUGGAAAACCUCAGCAGGAGACUCAAGGUUACGGGUGACCUGUUCGAUAUCAUGUCUGGGCAGACUGAUGUGGACCACCCUCUAUGUGAAGAAUGCACCGACACUCUUCUGGACCAGCUGGACACGCAGCUCAACAUCACCGAGAACGAAUGUCAGAACUACAA